AUGGGGGUAUUUUUGUCAUUUCACCAUUUCAAGCCUCUAAAACCCACCUCGUUCAUUGUUUUUCUCGAUUUCUUCUUCUCACUUCUUCCCUUCCACAUCAAUGGCUGAUGGUUUGACUCCGUCACCAUCCUCCCCGGAAACAAGCCUAUUAUGCUAUACAUCGGAAUCGACUCAGAAAACCUAAACAUGAUUGGAAGACCCGACGAUCUUGUUAAUUGGAGUAAACAUGAUUCCCCACUUCAUCAAUUUCUAAGAACAGGAAUAUGGGAAUGCCCUGAUUUCUUUCCGGUGUGGGUUGAUAGCACGAAUGGGGUCGAUACAUCUGUCAUAAACCCUAGCACGAAGGGGAAACGGAGAUUACUAACACUCGGCAGUUUAAGGCUUGAUUACGGGAGGUACUACGCUUCCAAAUCGUUCUUCGAUCUUGUGAAAAAGUGA